AUGGUGAGGGUCACUCCACCAAUGAGAUCUUCGCCUGUCAACAAUACUAUACAAGGAGACAUCAACCGCCCAAGGCAAGACAUUCUACCAUCUCUUGACUGGAGAGACCAUGAAAUGGAUCAGGAGAUGGGCUUCGAAGAAUUACAAGAAGAGCUGGACAUGUCGCUGAAUGACACAGCUGAUUACGAGCUCCACAAAUCCCUACAGAACGGCUCUCAAUGCACCACGGUACCACGGAGUCACAGGGACGAUCCUCCGCAUGGAAACACCAUCGAGACCGAUGCUUGGUCAGCUGAACACAUGAUACACUCUGUGACCGGUUCGCCGAGAGGAGUUCCAAGCGUGAAGAAAAGGCGGAUGAAACUUACCAUGCCGGUGCACCAGCUCAAGCGACAGAAGAUGCGGUUUGAUGUACAAAAUGCAGAGAAUUCGGGUCCUGUCUCGGGCUCAGGUCGAUCGAGCCUCUUGAGCGUACAGCAUGAUCCCCAGCGACAGCUCUUAGAGUGGUAUCAUGCUGAACAGGAUUAUGAUAUACCGAUCUGGAUUUCUUUUCAAGCCGUUCACCUGAAGCAGAAGGUGGUUAGGUACACUGCCGGUAUGGGUGCUCCUGGAUAUCAUGAGUUGGAUGCUGUCUAUGUUCCCCCCGAGCAGCUGUCUGUUUCCCUUAUACGGCGCUGGGGAUGGGUUGUCACAAGGUGGCCGAAUGAGUGCAGCGUCACGUUGUCCCAUGGCUUCUAUCAUUGUGUUGCGUGUCAGGCUACGGCACAUCCUAGCGAUAAGAAAAAGAAGGCAACAACAUCGAAGAAGAAGAAGUUUGGCUCCCCUCAAGACGAACACCACGAUGUCAUUGUUGUGAAGCGCAAUCCAACCGUGUCCGAUGAAGGCUCAGUUGUUCCCUUGUAUCGAUUGGUGGAAAUCUGCAUACAAGUUCCUGAAGAUGCAUGCUUGGCAUGCGUACAGAGAGGCCGUCCCUGCCUCUGGUGCAAGGAAGGUCUUAAGAACAUCCCAGCGCUCACCUAUGCAAAGCCAACGGAUCAAUGGAUCGAAGGCGACAAACCAACUUCAGAACAACUUUUCAAUCGCCUCGCUCAUCUUCAGCAUUGGGCUGGUGCCCGGCCACCCACAAAGCACCAGAAGUGGCGACUGAACCGUGCCGAACGACCAAUGGGCGAUCAUGAACGAAACAGGCAAGGAAAACGAGGCAAGGAGGGGGAAGCGGACGAGGGUGACAAUGGACAGGACGGCGGUGGCAGGGGGCGGGAUGGUACAGAGGGUAGCGAGGACGAGGGUAGCAAUGAGUAA